GAAGAGUCAGAAGCAGAAGGCGCCUUCUACCUUCACUUGUGUUUAUCUCAGCCGCUCUAACCUUACCCACCAGGAGCAUGGCUUCUUUUGUGACCGAGGUGCUCGCCAGCUCGGGCAAACUGGAGAAGGAAGCUCUGGCCAGAAAAAUCAGUAAAUUAUCGCACAAAGUUCGGGACACUAAGGAGGAGGUAUGCUCUGUGAUGAACAGCAGAUACAAUGACUUCCUGCCCAGUCUGCAGUCCUCUGAGGAGCUAAUCGAGCAGGUGCAGGAGGUGUCCAGGGAGAUGGAUGUCCUCAAGAACUGCAUCGACAUUGAGGUGCAGCAGAACAUGCAUACGUCGGUGACAGAGUAUGGCGAGCUCAAGCAGCAGCUCGAGAAGAACACAGUGGUCAUUACUAUGCUCGGACACUUAAUACAGUUUCAUAAUGCCAUGGAGGAAUCCAACAAAGCUUUGAUGGAGGAGAGGUACGUUGAGGCAGCUGAAAAGUUGAAGAAGGCCAAAGACAGCAUGGCCCUGCUGAAGCAGUGGAAGAACUCCCAGUUGCCUCUGCUCACUUCACUCAGCUCGGAGCUCAGCAUCCAGAGGGAGAACCUGCUCUACCACUUGGGGGACCAGUGGAAGCGCCUGGUGGUCUGGACUUUACCCUCCUCUAAAGAUGGUGCAGGGAUGAAAUCCUUCCUUAAGGUGGCACUGAACCUGCGUAUGGGCUGCGAUGAAGAGGACAGUAAAGCUCUGGACCAGGCUGUGCUCUGCUCUGUGCUGCAGGCUCUGGCCCUCCAGGGGGAGCUGCAGCACAGGCUCAAAUUGUUCAGCCAGGCUCUGCUCAAGUACAUGCUGCGACCCCUAGUGCUGUACCCCUCCCUGUCCGUUCAGGUUAUACAGAAGCAUUGUGAGGGGCUCGUGUUGGCUCUACAGUGUGUGGAGCCUGAGAGCCAGGAAACCCCCAGCCCGGCCCAGGUCUACCACAAACUACUGCUCGUGCUUCGGACUCUGCACUCACACCUGCUCGAUGUGUCCAUAUGGGACCAGAAGCUCUCAUCCAUCCUGGGAGACUUGAUCUGGGAGGAGCUCUCUCAUUGCAUUAUUCACGAGUGUCUCCAGUAUUCCAUCCCCACAGACAGCAGCCAGCUGGAGAAAUACAGCACGGUGAUAAAGGAGACUGAGGAGUUUGAGAAGAUUUUGAAGGAAAUGGAGUUUCUGCACGGAGACUCCACAGAGCUGCUCAAAUACGCACGCAAAAUCAACUGCCAUUUUGCCAGCAAGAAGUGCAGAGACGUCAUUGUGGCAGCGCGCAAGCUCAUGACCUCUAAUAUGCACGACACUGUCAAGAUCAGCCCAGAGAGCAGGCUGCCCUUGCCCAAGCUGCCUUCUCCAGGAGGGGAGCUGAAAAAGCAGGACAGUAGCACUCUGGAGCCUGGGAUGGUGAACCAGAAGCAGUUGAGCUCCUGGAGCAUGUGCCUGCCCCCAUGCCGCAUCAGCAAGUCUGUGCAGCAGCUGAUGGAGCUGGCCCUCCACACGCUGUCUGAGGCCGUGAGCAGUUCUACACAGUGCGCUGUGCAGCUCUUCUUCACGGCAAGAAACAUCUUCCAGUUGUUCUAUGAUGUGGUCCCCACAUAUCACAAAGAGAACCUUCUCAAAUUCCCUCACCUGGCAGCCAUCCAGUACAACAACUGCAUGUACCUGGCCCACCACCUGCUCACACUGGGCCAUCACUUCAGAGCCCACCUGCCCCAGCCCCUCAGUGAGGGAGUGGGCACGUUUGUGGACAUGGUGUCCACCCUAAGGAAACUGGGCGCUCGGUGCUUCCUGACCCAGCUGAACAUGCAGAGGACUGAGCUGCUGGACAGACUAUCUACUGCACACAACCUGUGUAACCUUGACGAUGAGGACAACUACAUAGCUGCCAGUAAAGCCGUCAGACAGGUCAUCCACCAGCUCAAACAGCUGGGCACUGUGUGGCAGGAUGUCCUCCCUGUUAGCAACUACUGUCAAGCCAUGGGCAACCUGCUCAACACCGCCAUCACUGAGAUCACCGCCAAAGUCAUGGCUCUGGAGGAUAUUUCUUCAGAGGAGGGAGAGCACCUCCACACACUGUGUCAGACCCUCAUCGAAGAAGGUCCCCUGGUCUUUACGCCACUCAUAGAAGAUAAGAAAAACCACAAGUAUCAAGAGGAGGUGGCCCUGUAUGUGAAGAAGUGGAGCAUGUUCAAGGAACUAGCUAUAGUUCUGAGGGCCAACCUACAGGAGAUUGUGGACCGUUGGGCAGAUGGGAAAGGCCCUCUGGCUGUGGAGUUCUCCAGUUUCGAGGUGAAGAGUCUGAUCCGUGCACUGUUCCAGAACACAGAGAGGAGGGCUAUCGCUCUGACCAAAAUCAAAUGAGCACAGUCCUGACCAGGAAGCCUAACAGCAGACCAAUCACCUCUGUGCCUAACCUACAUCUCUCACUGUAUACAACUUCAUGUAUUUAUUUGUAAUAUAAAUGUUUGCUAAAAUACUCUCCACUAAGAUACAAUAAACAGUACAUUUGU